AAUCUCAUAGUUUGUUCUUGUGGAGGUGCAGCGAAAAGCACAGCAUUGAGGAAUCCCUCUGUUAGCAGCAAUGCCUGCACAGAAGCGCUCUUUGCCCGAGUCUCUUGAGGAUGGGGACACUUCGCAGCACCAUCUCUUCCAUCCUCGUCAUGCCAAGCAGCAGCAGCAGCAACAACAACAGGACCAACCGCAGGAACACGAGGAGGAUGAAGAGGAAGACAACGACGAGGAAGAGGAGGAGGAGGAGGAAGAUGAAGAGGAGGAGCAAGGAGAAGAGGAGGAGGAAGAAGAACGAGAAGAAGAAGAAGAAGAAGAAGAAGAAGAAGAAGAAGAAGGGCCACACCAUAACGACGACAAGGAACAACCACAGGAUUCCGGCGAAACCCCAUCUUCUGACUCUGAUGAAAAACCCGAAUUUGUGUUUGUAGAACUUCUGGAAAUUCGUAAAGAUGUCCAAUGUCCAAUUUGCCUUGGUAUUAUUAAGAAAACAAGAACUGUUAUGGAAUGCUUGCACCGAUUUUGCAGGGAAUGCAUUGACAAAUCAAUGCGACUAGGGAACAAUGAAUGCCCUGCUUGCCGCACACAUUGUGCCAGUCGUCGUUCAUUGAGAGAUGAUCCAAACUAUGACGCCCUUAUUGCGGCCUUAUAUCCAGACAUUGAGAAAUAUGAGGAAGAGGAACUUGAAUUUCGUGAGGAGGAGAAGAACCGCAAUAAGCUGAUUCAAGCUUCGAUAGCAAAAGUAGUUCAACGGCAAUCUGAAGCACUGGUUAAGAGACGUAAAGAUACACCAGGUUUUGUGACAAGAUCACAGCGUAAUCAACGAAACAUUCAGUCCAGGAGACAAAAUCAAGUGACAGAAGGAUCUGAAGAUAAUGAGGAGGAAAAUGACAAUAAUGAAAAAGACUCAUCUUCAGCUGAUGAGAGAUCUACCGAACUCCGACAGAGAAGGCGAAAGAGAUGGACUAGAGUUCGCCCCUCACAGCCCUCAUCAUCAAUGGCAAGUCCUGAUGGUGGAUGCAUAGAAAGUGAUAUGGAUAUAAGUAGAGAAAAUCGAGGAAUUUCAAGGCAGGUGUCAAAACCUAGAAAGCUUACUUGGGGAAGGGGUGGUUUCAGAAGUAACACUCGGCAUGGCAGUGGUGGUGGUAGCAAUAGCAAGAAUUCUCGCAGUAGUCGAUUGUCUAAGUUGGUUGAUCAUCUCCGAAGUUUGGAUGAAAGCACUGAUGAGUUGGAUGUCCAUCUCAUGCUUGUUUCUCUGGACAAACAAAGUACACCAAGUUUACCACAACCACACCUUUGCUGUCGACCGACCUUGUCUGUCAAGCACCUUUGUGAAUAUGUUGCUCGUCAGACACCACUGCCAGUUGAAGCAGUUGAGAUACUUGCAGUGAAAGGAUGCUGCAGUACAAAUUGCAACAAGUCAGCCAAUGAGAAUUCAGCCCUGAUAUAUGAUGAGCUAACAACGCUGGUUAUAGAUCCACACAAAGAUGAACUUGAAGUUUUGCAAGGACACGAGUCUAUGGCAGGGCUUAGAUCUAAAUGCAUUUCUAAAAGGGAGCAUUUGAUUCUGGCGUACAGGCUGAAGGAGACAUCAUAGUCUUGGUUUGACUGGCAGACUUUUGAAUUAGACAAUAUCAUAAGCUUCUUUUAUAUGUACAUAAAAAUUGGCUAGAGUCGAUUUCCUAGUUGCAUCAUUCUCAGUCCCCCCCAAAAAAAAAAAUAUAGCAUACUAAAUUAUAAGAACCCCC